UUGCAGUUAUAACAGCUGAGGUAUUCUGGAGUUGUCCUUCAUAUAUAUUUAUGCAUAUAUAUAUUUGAUCUCAGUAAGGAAUCUGUUAAAUUGAAGUGGUUUAUGUUUUUUGUAAACGUUGAUAAAAAGGAUAUUAACAUUCAACUUUGAGGAAGUGCAUGUAUAACACAGAAUGACUCCCUUGCUGUAUAAAGAUGCCUUUUGGGGAGUUGAUUUCACUAAUCAUCAGGGCUAUGAGGUUCUGAUUGAGAGACUAUGUGAUGGCAGGCGGAUGUGCAAAGAUGUGGAGGAACUGCUGAAGAUGAGGGCCAUGGCAGAAGAGAGGUAUGGGAAGGAUCUGGUGACAAUAGCACGUAAAGCUGGGGGGCAGACAGAGAUCAGCACUCUGAAAGCCUCCUUUGAUCAACUUAAAACACAAAUUGAAAACAUUGGGAAUCUGCAUAUCCAGCUAUCCGGAAUGUUACGGGAAGAGAUCAAGAAGAUGGAAAUAUUCAGAGAGCGGCAGAAAGAACAGAGGAAGAAGUUUGAGGGAAUUAUGGAGAAAGUUCAGAAGAUGAAGGUGUCCUUAUAUAAGAAGACCAUCGAGUCUAAGAAGUCCUAUGAGCAGAAAUGUAAAGAAGCAGACGAGGCAGAGCAGCUUGCAGCCACAACAACAAAACAGUCUGAGAAGGUUCAACACAAGGCCAAGCAAUGCAGACAAGCCGUCACUGAAGCAGAGAAACAAUACAUGUUGAACGUAGAGCAGCUGGAGAGAGUUCGUCAGGACUGGGAGGGAACACACAAGGGCACGUGUGAGGUGUUUCAGCAGCAGGAGGUGGACCGCAUCACUAUCCUGAGGUGUGUCCUCUGGGACCACUGUAAUCACUUCUCUGUGCAAUGUGUCAAAGACGACGAGUUUUAUGAGGAGGUGAGGAAUAUUCUGGAGACGUGUGACAUCACAGCAGAUAACAACUGUUUCAUAGAGAUGAAGACAACAGGUUCAAGUCCACCAGACCCCGUUGUGUUUGAGAACUACUAUGAGAGGGAGCCAACGGGUGACAACAACGGCAGUGCUCGCUUCGGAGGGGGAGGGGUCAGGAAAAGAUUCUCCAAUCUUCUGCCACGAAACUCUGGUUCAAAGAUGAGUAUCAGUGAGGGUUCAACUUCCGAGCCAGCGGCGCCAACUGUUGGUCAAACAGUGCCUGAGAGUUCAGAUGGAGUGUAUGCAUCCAUACCUGGCUUCCAGUCUGCAGCUGCAGCUGCCCUGCCUGCAGUGACAACUGAUGAGGAUGAUAAUGAUGAUACCUUCAUGGUGUUUUAUGACUACUCUGCACAGGACCCAUAUGAGCUGUCAGUGUCUAAAGGGGAUGUGGUGUUGGUGAUAGAACAGAGUGAAGACGGCUGGUGGACAGUGGAGAGAAACGGACAGGUUGGGCUGGUACCUGGCUCCUACCUGGCCAAAGUCUAGAUAUAGUCACACACACAUCCAUGCAUGGACACACACAUAUGCACGCGCACACACUCAUGCACACAGGUACACGGAUUCACACACACAUACUCAUGCACACUCACCCAUACAUACUGUAGUCUUCAAAACCUUACUAUGAGGACCCCUUUCUGCUUCUUACUCAGAUGUUCUGAUCCUUCGUUCAAGACUUCGGAGUAACAGAUUCUCCAGCAGUAGAGAUGACUCACUGAACUGACUUGGAACAUGAGUCAUGACAGUGUGUUCCCCAUGAACUAUUAGGCUAUGCUGCACCAGAGAUUGUCAGUCUUUUCACCCAACAGGCCUACUGCAUACAUACAGUGAUGUGAAAAAGUAUUCGCCACCUUUCAGAUUUUCUCUACUUUUGCAAAUUUUUUAUUCUGAAUUUUAUCAGAUCUUCAACCAAAACCAAAUAUUAGAUAAAGGGAACCUGAGUGAACACAAUUGUAUACUUAUUUCAUAAACAAAGUUAUGCAACACCCAAUGCCCAUGUGUAAAAAAGUAAUUGCCCCCUUACACUCAAUAACUAGUUGUGCCACAUUUAGCUGCAAUAACUCCAACCGUUGUUGAUCAAUCUCUCACGUUGCUGUGGGGGAAUUUUGUCCCCGUCUUCCAUGCAGAACUGCUUUAACUCAGAGGCGUGUGGGUUUUCAAGCAUGAACUUCUCGUUUCAAGACCUGCCACAACAUCUCAAUUGGGAUUGGGUCUGGACUUUGACUAGGCCAUUCCAAAAAACAUUUGUUGCUUUUUUAGCUCUUUUCAUGUAGACUUACAGAUGGAUGGCCUGACAUUCUCCUGUAGAAUUCUGAUACAGACCAGAACUCAUGGUUCCUUCUAUUUAGUCAACUCGUCCAGGUCCUGAGGCAGCAAACCAUCACACUACCACCACACUUGACCGUGGGUAUAAGGUCCUUACUGUAGAAUGCAGUGUUUGGAUUUCGCUAGACAUAAUGGAACCCAUUUCAUCCAAAAAGUAAUACUUUUGACCCAUCUGUCCAUAGAACAUCAAAUCAAAUUUUAUUUGUCACAUACACAUGGUUAGCAGAUGUUAAUGCGAGUGUAGCGAAAUGCUUGUGCUUCUAGUUCUGACAAUGCAGUAAUAGAGUCUUGAUGAUCAUGCAUGUUCUUUUUUGCAAACUUGAAUCAACUUUUUGGAUGAUGUGGAUCACAUUCUUUUUGUUUUGGAAUGGCCUAGUCAAAGUCCAGACCUAAUCCCAAUUUUGAUGUUGUGGCAGGACUUGAAACAAGCAGUUCAUGCUUGAAAACCCACAAAUGUCACUGAGUUAAAGCAGUACUGCAUGCAAGAGUGGGCCAACAUUCCUCCACAGCAAUGUGAGAUUGAUCAACUACAGGAAGCAUUUGGUUGCAGUCAUUGUAGCUACAGGUGGCACAAACAGUUAUUGAGUGUUGGGGGGCAAUUACUUUUUCACACAGGGAAAUUGGGUGUUGUACAAUUUUAUUAAUUGAAUAAGUAAAAUAAAUAUUAAUUUGUCGUCAUUUGUAAUCUCCAGCCCUUUAAUCUAAUAUUAGGUUUUGGUUGAAGAUCUGAAAACUUUCAGUAUCAAAAACAUGAAAAACUACAAAUCAGAAAGGGGGCAAAUACUUUUUCACAGCACUGUAGAGAAUCUCAGAUACCAUACAGAAAACGAGUCAAACUUUCAACUGUAUCAAUUGUAAAUAUGUGUGUACACCAACCUGAGAAGUAAUCUACAAGAAAGUAGAAGAGUAUCUGAAUCAAGACCAACAGCUGUAGUGUAUUUUAUACAGUGCCUUGCGAAAGUAUUUGGCCCCCUUGAACUUUGCGACCUUUUGCCACAUUUCAGGCUUCAAACAU